CGGCUCCUCCACGUGUCGCCCGCGUGCCCGCUACGUGGCGCAAGCCCACGGGCCAGCUAGCUGCUCGCCCCAUCCCCUCCAUCCUGACGCAGCAGAGGCGGUCGAGGAAGGGAGCGCCGGUGAAAGGAACCACCUGUCUUCGUCCCGCCGCCGUCUUUGGGGGGGAGCAGUAUUUAAUCCCGGCCCAGGGGCCCCUCUGUAGUCUCGCUCGCUUAAUUGGCACCGCUCUCCGCCGCUCAUCUUCUCCCCCAUGACUGAUUGCGACGGGCAGCAGAUGCAGAUGCAGCAGCAAUGUCGGCGGCAGGGCGUCGCGGUGGACGUCGAGCUCCACGCCGCCAUGGCGCUCGCCGACAUGGCCGGCGCCAACGCGCGCUCCACGGCCGCCACUGAAGCUCACCAGGCCAUGGCGACGGCGGCUGAGGAACAGGAAGAAGAGGAGGAGGAUCUGGCGAGCACGAGGCUGAGCCUGGAGCUGGGCAACGUGGGGAUCAACAACCAGUACUCCUCGGCGUCCCCGUGCUCCAGCAGCUCAAGCGCCGGCGCCCAGCACCACAACUCCAUCCAGGCAGCUUCAGCGUUGCCUGCAGGGGGAAGCAGCUAUGGCGUUGGCGGAGGACUGAGGGCGAGGCAGCCGCUGACGGAGGCGGAGAAGGAGGCGAAGCGGCUGCGGCGCGUGCUGGCCAACCGGGAGUCCGCCCGCCAGACCAUCCUCCGCCGCCAGGCGAUCCGGGACGAGCUGGCCAGGAAAGUGGCGGAUUUGGCGACCCAGAACGAGAACAUGAAGAAGGAGAAGGACAUAGUGCUGGAGCAGUACCUGACGCUCAAGGAGACAAACAAGCAGCUCAAGCAACAGGCACACCAUCUCUCGCUUUCCUCCUACUAGCUGCAUGCCUGUUAAAAUAUCAUCAAUCCCUGUCUCCUUUUCCUUUAAAUUUCCCAUUCCGUUAUUAGUAGUAGCCUAUUAUUAGUCCAGCUUUUAGUCACACAAAAAAGGCCGGAACCCCCCAGAAGCAAAUCCAGCUCCAGUUGUACUGCUCCUGGAUCCUCCUCCCACGAGGGAUCGACUGCCGCGUGACACGCGACACCUACUAAUUUCGGUCAAACAAACUGCCUGCCUGGGGGACCUGUCGCUCGCUGCUGUCGAUCAAUCGAUCCGUCCCGUCUGUAUGUUAAUCCUUUUACCUGUCUGAGAUGACAGAGACAGACAGCCAUGUUAAUUAAUACUAUAAACUUUCUUCUUCUUUUGCCCACUU